GUGGGAUCUAUUGCUGGGUCGGUAGUCUGUUUGCGUUGCAGGGGUUGUGGUGAGCCCGCCUGGCAUCUCAGAGGAGAUGGCGCUGCAGAAGCGGCGCGUGAAGCACGCCUAGAAACUAGGCAAGGAGAAGACCUUGUAGGUGGAGUGUCCUGGGCAGGAGUAGAUCCCUAGAAGGAUGGGGAGCGCAGUGCGUUCCAGGAAGCGAAAGAGACCCGGAGUGCUUCACAGGAGCAGGCUGCAAGAUGUGGAGAGCGACGGCCAAGCCAGUGGUGAGGAUCUUUGUGUUCCAGGCGAUCAUGAGGAAAGCAUCCAUGGCAAGAAGUCACAGGAAGCAGGCAGCCAACCAGAAGGGAAUGGAGCAACGUCCCCACAGGAGUAGCCAGGCCAAGCCUCCUGCCCCUAAUGGCCUAGCUGGACAGCAAGAAGAGGAGGUAUUGCAGGCCUCUGUUUCUUCGUACCAUCUAUUCAGAGACUCAGUGGAAGUCACAGCCUUCCGGGGGAACCUGCUGAACUGGUACGAUCGGGAAAAGCGGGACCUGCCUUGGAGAAGACAAGCAGAGCACGAGGUGGACCCAGAUAGGCGUGCAUAUGCUGUGUGGGUGUCAGAGAUUAUGCUGCAGCAGACCCAGGUUACCACAGUGAUCAACUACUAUACCCGAUGGAUGCAGAAGUGGCCAACGCUGCAGGACCUGGCCAGUGCUUCCCUGGAGGAGGUGAACCAGCUCUGGGCCGGCCUGGGCUAUUAUUCCCGUGGUCGUAGGCUGCAAGAAGGAGCUCAAAAGGUGGUAAGAGAGCUAGGGGGCCAUAUGCCAUGUACAGCAGAGACCCUGCAGAAGUUCCUGCCUGGUGUGGGGCGGUACACAGCUGGAGCCAUUGCAUCUAUUGCCUUUGGCCAGGCAACAGCUGUGGUGGAUGGGAAUGUCGUACGGGUGCUAUGUCGUGUCCGCGCCAUUGGUGCUGAUCCCAGCAGUAGCCUUGUCUCUCAACAGCUCUGGAGCCUAGCCCAGCAGCUGGUGGAUCCAGCCCGGCCAGGGGACUUUAAUCAAGCAGCCAUGGAACUGGGGGCCACAGUGUGUACCCCACAGCGCCCUCUCUGCAGUGACUGCCCUGUGCAGAGCCUGUGCCGGGCAUAUCAGAGGGUGACUAGAGAGCAGCUCUUAGCCUCGCAGAGCCCGCCAGGCAGUCCUGACAUUGAAGAGUGUGCUCCCAACACUGGACAGUGCCGGCUGUGCCUGCCCCACACAGAACCCUGGAACCAUAACCUGGGAGUGGCGAACUUUCCCCGAAAGCCCAGCCGGAGGCCCCCCAGAGAGGAGCAUUGUGCCACCUGUGUUCUGGAACAGCUCAGAGCCACUGGGGGUGCCCUCAUUCUGCUGGUGCAGAGACCCCCCUCAGGCCUGCUGGCAGGACUAUGGGAAUUCCCAACUGUGACUGUGGAGCCCUUGGAACAGCAUCCCAGCGAAGCUCUGCUGCAGGAACUGCAGAACUGGGCUGGGCCCCUCCCCACCACCUGCCUUCAGCACCUUGGGGAGGUGGUGCACACCUUCUCUCACAUCAAGCUGACGUAUCAGGUGUAUGGCUUGGCCCUGGAGAAGUGGACCCCAGUGACCACACCACCUGGCGCCCGCUGGCUGACCCGUGAAGAAUUUCACACUGCAGCUAUCUCCACUGCCAUGAAAAAGGUGUUCCGAAUGUAUGAGGCACAUCAGACAGGGACCUGCAGGGGUUCUAAAAGUUCCCAGGCGUCUACUCUGUCCAGCCGGAAAAAGCCCAGCCGGGGCCAGCAAGUCCUAGAUAAUUACUUCCAGCCUCUCAACAGUGCAGCCCAGUGAUGCCUCUAGAAUCCAGCUGGACUCUACUUCUGAGAAUCCUGUAGUUUAAUAAAGUGCUUAUUUUUUAGUCA